AUGACCGUGGACGUAUCCAAGCUCCUGAGCAGCCCCGAGACGACGUAUACAGUGCGCUAUAACCAGCGUGACUUGCUGAUUUAUGCCGUGGGUAUCGGCGAGUCGUCGUUGCAGUUUAUGCACGAGUUACACGAGCACUUUGCCGCUUUCCCGCUCUAUCCCGUGUGUUUUCUAUUCAAGGGCGAGUCGCAAGACGUUGUGCCGUUCCCGCCCCCGACAGUUGGUGCUCUACUUGAAGAAACGAUACAGAACUUCAAUCCAGUCAUGAUGCUGCAUGCUGAGCAGUCGGUGGAGAUUCUACGGCCUCUGGAUCCUAUGGGUGCCACGCUGACAGGUCGGAGCAAGAUCCUUUCGUGCUUCGAUAAGGGCAAAGGAGCGCUCAUUGAGACGCAGACGCUGUUUGAAGACGCUCAUGGACCAGUGGCGAAGCUCAUUAGCAGCUCUUUUAUUCGUGGUCUUACGGGCUUUGAAGGCAAAGGACGCAAGCACCUAGCACGCGUGCAGAUUCCUACGCGCGAGCCAGACUUUUGCGACGAGUUCACGACGUCGCCGUAUCAGGCGCAGAUCUAUCGCCUAUCAGGUGACUACAACGCGCUGCACAUUGAUCCUGAGGUCGCUGCAAGUGUAGGCUUUAAGCAGCCUAUCCUGCAUGGUCUGUGCUCCAUGGGCGUGGCUAGCCGUGCAUUGUACGAGCAAUUCUGCCAGGGUGACGCGGCGCGUUUCAAGUCCAUUCGUGUGCGCUUCUCAAGCCUGUGCUUUCCGGGCGAGACUAUUCAGACCCGAAUGUGGCAGGAGAGCAGCAGUGAGGUGCUGUUCCAAGCCAUAGUCAAAGAACGCGGCGUCGUGAUUAUCGACGGCGGCAAGUUUGUCUUUGACCCGAGUGCGUCCUCGCGUUUGUAA